UCUUUUGCUGUUUCAGGUCUCAGAACAUCACACAACUUCCGCACAACAGGACAAUGAAUGUGUCCAGCAACUGCAGUAUCACAAGUCUAGAACUUUAUCACCAUGUCCGCCUCACUGAACUUGCUCUGUAUAGCGUCAUUUUCUUGUUUGGAGCUCUGUUUAAUGCCCUUGCCCUCUGGGUGUUCUUCUGCAAGAUAAAGAAGUGGACACAAACAAGGGUGUAUGUAAUCAACUUAGUCUUUGCAGACUGCACCUUACUUUUCAUGGCUUACUUGCUCUGGAAUAAGUCAACCCAAGACGAACUCUGCCAGUUUAUAGAGACAACAUAUUUCAUCAUCAUGUUAGUGAGUAUCUAUGUAAUUACAUUUGUCUCCAUUGACCGAUACAUUGCCAUAAAACACCCCUUGAAAGCCAGGACCUUCAGGUCUCCAUCAAAGGCAGCCCUUCUCUGCGGUCUUCUGUGGGUCUCUGUGGUAGUCGGUGCCACUGCACAGAUCUGGCAGAGCCAAUCCACCCUCUGCUUCCAGAAGGAUACCACCGUGCCUGCUGCUCUGAGCCUGCUUUCCAUCUUCUUCGUUUUUAUUCUUCCAUUGGCAAUCUUGACUUUUUGCUCCACAGAAGUGAUCAGGAGCCUCAAGAGAGGCCUGAACACCAGUUCACCAGAGGAGAAAUCAAUCCAGAAAGCUGUUCACAUUAUUUACGCAAACCUGAUGGUGUUUCUAGUAUGUUUUCUGCCAGCCUUCUUUGGGUUACUUGCCAGGUUCGUAAUGGAUAGCAUUGGAGCUACCUGUUUCAUGCUCCAGGUUAUGAAGAACAUCUCCUCCCUGACAAGGUGUAUUGCCACAUCUAACUGCUGCCUGGAUAGUGUCUGCUACUACUUUGCGACCAAGGAGUUCCAUGAAGCCCUUCUACCACCCAAAACCAGCAGUGAUAAAACAGAUCAAAUCCACCCCUUGCAGACACACACUUGCUAA